UUCUUCAAACGCUAGUUCACAAACAUUUCGUGUCCUGUUGCUGUUUGUCUGUUUCACGGUUCAAACACUUUUCCUUAGCGUUGUUCAUUAACUUCCUUUUGCGCUUACUUCACUGUUUCGGGCUGUUUGCGCACGGUUUCGUCCUUCGUGGCAAAGGCAACCGGGAACGGGACGUAUCCAAAAACCAAAGACUUCAGCUGAAUAAAAAAGAAGAAGUAACUAAAUCCUUAGAAAUAGGAAGCCUCAGACUUGUGGACCAAAGUAAUAGGAGAACGAAUACUCCGAACGGAAAACUCUCAAAGUUUUCUGGAACCCGCCUUUUCUGCUUGGUUUCGUUUGAUCCCAAUUUUUAAUGUGUCGAUCAUCCUUUGAGCAUUACGUAGGUUUUUCGUUGAGUUGUUCGCUGUUUGCUUCUAGCGACGUGGAAGACAUUUUCCAUGCUCGUGGGAUAGUUCCCGGUCCCGAGCGCGACUUGACAGCUUCUAAAUUGAUAGCGAGAAUAACAUCUUCAGUGUACGUUUUUUUUCUUCUCUCUCGUACUUUUAUCUUUCGCUUAGCACGGAUGCGUGAUGUCAAGACGUCGCCAAGGAUCAGACGCUUGCGCUGGCAGAGAAGGAGAGGUUAGAGUGAGAAGGCGACAAACAAAGUCGGUAGUCGAAGGAAAAGGUUACACAUAAAAAUACCAUGUAGCGGAAUCUUAAGAGCUUGCAAAGGCCUUUCGGUUCAGGGAAGCAGAAAAAAAUAUCUAAAAUAACCGCUCCAGAAGGUAUUUCUGUAGAAGUACUUCUGCGACUUUCAACGCAGCAGGGAACAGAGUGGGUCCUUCACCGUGUUUGAAGUGCAAUAGUUUCUGCGCACGGGCGAAAUAAUCAACUCGCAAAGCGAAACUGUUGACAGGGCAGCGCGGUGUGAGCCGAUAGAGCUGGAAGAAGGAAUAAAAAAAAACAACACGGGACUUCUUCAGAGGCACCCGCGCGUUUGUGCUUGAGAAUAUAACAGUUUUGCAGAAGCUGCUUCAAAUCACCACGGCCGAUCAUGGAUGGUCCGCAGCAAGGAUUCUGCGUGCCGGAAACGAAGCCAAAAAUCGGGUACAACCCCGGUUUAUGAAAGUGUUUGCGAAUAAAAUUAGAUGCAAUUCAGGGACCUAAGGGGGAAUACGGUUUGUGUAUGUCUUCCUAGCUGCUUUAUACGGUGUGAGGUUAUGUACAAACGGUUUUUAGGUUUUGCCUUGCUCGUAAGAGGGGUCCUGAAUCGGGGUCCACUGAAGCGUAUCCUGAAGCUGGUUUAUUUAUUUUUUUUUGGUGCCGCACCCCGAACGCCACCUUGUCUAUAGGGUACGGUACCUUCCCUUUUUUCCAUUCUGGAAAGCGGUACGCUGUAAUUUCGAUACAUAAUUCCGACAUGAUGCAACACGGGAAAGGAAAACGGGAAAUGUCUACCACCGGGAGGGUAUGGUUUUCGGAACAAACGAAGCGGGAAGAAAAACCGGGUCCUUAUAUACUACAGUGGAGGACAGGGGGCAAGAGACAUUGAAGUUACCGGAGUUACCGGAGUUACCGGAGUUGUCAGCGAAAAAAUACAAAAAUUAAGGACCUUUCGUAAUCUUCAUUGAAACGUACAGAGGGGAGAAAUUGAAGAAAGAAAAAACAAUUUCAGGACCCUUUUUGCUGUAUGGGCGACAACACACACACACACACACACAAACGGUAUCGGAAGGAUGGGAAAAACAGGCAAACAGCAAGUCCCCGUUGCUGUGCCGAUCAUCAAUGCCGCUAACAGCAAUUGGUAGAGGAUCAGACCAGGUGUGUGUGUACGUAUAUGUGUUUGACUCACGCGCGCGCGCGCUCUCACACACUCAAGGUCCAGCUGAUCCUGGUCGAUGCCACCGAGCGCCAGGGGAAGUUUCGUUGCUGUGUUUAAUUUCUGCCGAGUACGAGGCCGGCUGCGAGCUCUGGGCACGCGACACUGUUGCCAGAACAACAGCAACCACGGCAGCGACCGGACAAGGUCUCGGCUGCUCAGUACUUACCACACAACACCACAAUCAAAUGGUUUUUCCCUGAGUGCUGCUAGAGUAACAACAGUGCGCAAUUGUGAAAGUAAACCGUGUGUCCGCGCGUGCGUGUGUGUGUGUGUGUAGAUGUAUUUCUCUUAUCGUGAAGUGCCUUGAGGUAGAUGAGCCAAGCAAAGAUCAACACUCGCCCCCAUCAACUUCCUCGUUCCUGUUGUUGAAGAAUUGCCCCAAAAAAAUCAAUUUCCCCAAAAAAAAAACAACGUAAAAAUGUCAACCGGCGGACAAACGUCACUCAACCCACCGAAGCGGAUGAAGCUGAAGGAGAACCAGAUGGUGGUGGCGGUGCGUGAUUUUGCACCGGCAACGCUCAAGCGCAAGCUCCCGCUCGGUAACUACGUCAGUGCGGAUAACGUGAUACCGGCGGUGAGCGCGCAGACAUUCGCCAAGCAGCUCGCGCACGCUGGUGCCGGCCCGGGUCGGAAGCGGUCCAGCAGUACCGAGCCGAGAAGCGGCGUGUCCGCCGUCGAGCGGCGUAAUGCACGCGAACGGAACCGGGUGCAGCAGGUAAACAAUGGGUUUGCCGCGCUCCGGCAGCGCAUACCGGACGAAAUAGCGGAAGCGUUCGAGGCCGGCACAACGGCACGCGGCGUCCACAAGAAGCUGAGCAAGGUGGAAACGCUAAGGAUGGCGGUGGAGUACAUCAAAAGCUUGGAGCGGCUGCUCGAACACUCCGGCACGGGUGGUGCACGUGUACCGAGCUUCCCCCCGGAUACGGCCGACACUCAACUCCCUGCGACACCACCGCCCGAACCAAUUACCGGCCAAUCCGGGAACUUCUUUCUCGCAAUCAAACCACGCACGAGCAAGCUGGAACAGACCGGUACCGGGAUAAUGGCCGGCAAUGGUGUCGGUGCGCUCGAUCAGACCCAGAUCACCAUCAUCAACGGGCAUCAGUAUAUGCGCAUCCCCGGUACCAACACGUUCCAGUAUCUGGAUCCGGAGAGUCUCCACGACGAAGAUGAUAGCUCUACCGAGCGAGCUCCACCCUUGCCGGAUGAGGAGGAGGAGGAAGAGGAGGAUACGUGCUCUAGCAGUGGUGAUCUGCUGAGUGAGUCCGCCAUUGCCCUUUCGCCGCAGAGCAACUUCACGCUCGAACCGGACACGGACUCGAAGCGGGACGUCGACUCACUCUACCAUUCGAUCGUAUCCCAACCGGACGGUACGAUGUUCGAUCAGCAGCAGUACGAUGAUCUGAUGCUGAUCAAAUCGGAACUCCAGGAUGAGGCGGACCUCGCGGAGGACGCAUCGUUUCUCAGCUGGUUCGAGGCGAAUCAACAACAGUUGCAGCUUCAGCAGCAGCUGCAACAACACCUACAGCAACAGCUCCAGAGCCAGCAGAGUUUGCUCGAUUGAGAAUUGCAGAAAGUUCCAGUAGUCUAAUCAACACCAACACCAAAAUGACAAGUAGUUUCUAUUUACCGUGUACAUAUGCAUGUUUGUUUUUUUGUCUUUGUCAAACAACAUUGAAGCCUAUAUAUUACUCACUAUUUGCGAUUAUUUAUAAUAUUUAUUAAUAGUUUUUUUUGCUUAAACGUACAGUAGUGCCCUUAUUUAUUUCCCCAUUCACAAAAGUGACUUAAUGAUGCAUUUUUUUUUUCUUUAAAAUAAAUGAAAUUGAAAUGUCUCUUUAGCUGAGGAAACUCUGGAGAUAACUUAAAUGACUCUAAAGCUUGAAAUUUCCAGAAUUUAUUUCCAGGAGGUUAGAGAUUAGAUAGAAUCUAGUUCAAGUACGUAAAUGAUUAAAUUGUUGGAAGAAGAAAAGUUUAUUAGGAAUUGAGCUCAAAACCUCGUUAUUGGUACAAUAAGUUCAAGCAUCAAUCGCGAAAUAGCUUCUUUCUGUACCUUGUGCCUGUCAAACGAACCGUCGUCUGCGGAUGGGAAGUUUUUGACUGAUAAGUAUUACGUUUAUAGUUGCAUAGUAUUAGAGACUGAUACACCGUUCGAGGGGGGAGGGGGGGGGGUUAGAUUAUUUUAAAUUUGAAAAGGAUACAAAACAUUACCAACAUUACCACUGUAAAUGUGUACCCGUUUGUUUGUAUUUGUAUGUAAAAUUUGGAAGUAAAUAAAUUGAAAAAAAUACACAAUAAUAAAAUCGAAAUUUUACUGUAGUUUUUUUUUCUUGGUUUGGUAGUAUAUAAGGGUGAGAAAGGUGAGUUCGAUGGGUAGAAUUGGUUGGUAGAAUAAUUAGAAAAAAAAGCCGUGACAAGGGAGCUGAGAAUGCAUUCAGCAUUCAGGAAAAAAGGGGGUUUUUUACCCUUCAAGCAAUCACUCAUUAUAUACAGAUGCUGGAAUUCACACGGCCCAAAACAUUCCGCCAAUUGUCCCUUCGCGCACACAGCGCUUGCAUUGCAUGCGGACGUUACAUGACGCAGCGUACGUUUUUAGUUGGGUUUUUAUUUUUUCUACCUUACUCGUUUGCCACUCUUAAUACACAGGGUGCAUGCUGUGUUUGCGCAGGGUUCAGGUUUCCGGUGCUCCCCUCGAGUCGAAGUCACAUCGGUGGAUGUGGAGUGGCCAUUGUCUGGUCGGUUCACUCCACCGUCCCAAGAUGGAGGUGUAACCCCGUAUUAGCGGGCGACUACUGGGUUUUAUUUCCACCAGCACAGUCCUGGCGGUAUCCUGCCGGGUUUUUGGUGCCUCAACCGAACGCGCAUUGUGACGCAAGCGCACGGCAUUCGAAUACCAAAAAAAGCGGGAUGGCAAAUCCAAAGCGAAACGAAACUAAAAAUCCUCCACCAAGAACGGCGUUUUGUUCUUCUUCUGCUCAUUCAGUAGAUCCGUUUGCAGGGACCCCGUACCUGAAGGUAAUCGCAUUCAUUCCUGUGAGAAUGCAUGCGAAUGGUUUCGGAUGAAACGAUAUAAAAGAAAAAUCUCCUAGAUCAUGAAUCACAGAAAUCAAAAGUAAUGGUACGGUAGAAUUAACUGCACGUAUCCUCGUUCCGUUGAGGUUGGAACCGGGAGAAAAUGAAAAACACCAGGACGAACGAACCAAAGAGUGUCCCUACAGCAGGGGGAAACGGUAACGAAGAAUGAAACAACAAUAAAGAAUGAAAAAAAAAUGCGCCAGCGAAAGGAAACCCAGUAAUCGAAAAGGAUCAAAAUUGAGAACCCGGACAAAACGGGGCGCAAAAGGUCCUCGUGUUCCUUCUGCAAAAGGCUGGGAUAAGCGUGCCAUCGUACGGACGAGGCACACGACCCAACCAUCCCAACCUUGUGUGCUUGUGUGUAUUUGUCUGGCAGCUGAAACUCUAUGCAUUCGUUACGAACGAUACGCGCAAGGAGAGAAGAAACGAGUCCGAAGCGUGCGGUGGAAUAAAGAUCGAACGGAUAGAAAGGACGCACGACCCCCAGGGACAUCUGCAACCGUGGUCUUUGCCUGAUCAUAGGUUCGGUGUUAGCUCGCGUCCAAUAAAUGAAUACCGCCACGAUAAGGUUGCUCCCGCACCGGUGACGAACAUUAUUACACACACACACGCACACUAGGCAAGCAUUAAUUUAUUUCACCCAGAUUUCUAGGCGCAACCACCGUCAGAAAAGGGUGAACACGAGAGGGGUUUUUUUGUUGUUGAAAUUUUUAUAAAAUUGCUUUUCAUUUUCAUAAUGAAAAUAGAGGUUCAACUUUAUGAUUUUUGCUUCCCUAGGUACCGGAAGUGGUUCUAUGGUGCCGGAUGUGUAGCGGAAUUCUACACGCACACGUGCCACGGGCGCGUAUCGUCACAUGAUCGCGUGUAUCAACCUUGGCUUGGUUUGCAGAAGUGCGUGCGCGUGCAAAACAUCCGGUAAGGAAUGUCUCACCCAGUUUGCCGGGAAGUUUAUUUCAUUUUCUACUCCUUUGUUGUGUUAUACCUCCUCCUGUACAAGUCAGUCAUUAAGGGAGAGUUAAAUCUACUUGAAGUAUAUCUUGAAAAUUCAAUGUAAACGAAAGACUUCAACAAGUUUAAUUUCUACGUCUAUCUUUGAGAAUAUGUGCGUUGUAAAGCUUUAAGAGUCAGAGCAGCGUUCAAAGCUCACCAAAAACUUCCCUUUUCACGUUCCAACCACUUCCCGCCUGGCUGGACAACCCGAACUGAAGAUGUGUUGGACGCUAAGGGACCCAUUUGCCUCACCACUUCAUGGGGCAGAUGUUUUUCGCCUACCUUUACAACCCGCAUCAUCCAAAAGCGCUGGUGUGUCAGCGGCAAAACCUUGCCCUUCGCGUAGCGUCCAGGUGUUUCUACGAAACCUUGUGGAAGGUUCGUGCAAGCGGUGAGGGAAAGAGGGAGUGGAGACACA